UGACUUUGAGUUCGAUAAUCCGCAUUCUCCGAAGUCUGAGAUCCAUACUGUUUGCUUCGUUUAUAGUGUGCAGCGAUCACCCAUUAUCUGCGUUUUUGUCGAGAUUUUUCAUAGUUUUGAUUUCUGAGCUGGAAGAUACAUCUGGUAUAUGCGUCAGUGCCGCAGAAUCUUCCAACCAGUGUGGAUGUCAUUCUCAAAACUGCAGCUGCAGAUUUGCUGAGACAUCAACUUGUGACUUACCUAUCAUUUCCAGCACUUCUUUUUUCAAUGCGAAAUCUUCACCUCUUAAUCCGCGGGAAGACACGGAGAUUUUGGGUGUUUUUUCAGUGUUAAUUGUUAGGGUGUUUCAGUAUAUUGCACAUCUGUCGUUCGAACUAUGAAGUGAUCAAAGUUUCCUUCUUGCAUGUUUUCUUGUUGUAUAAUGACAAUGUAAUGUUCCUUGGCUGGAGUAAAUUUUUUGAAUGUUACUUGAAAAUAUUCGGUAUCGUUAACUUAAUGGUGAUUUAUCAAUGAUCUGACGGGCUAUCUAUACAAACAGUGGUUCACUGGCUUGAACCUUGUUGUUGAUCUUGAUUCCGAUGUUAUGAUUGUUAUCCUCGUUUCUGUGGACUGCUAAGCAUCAAGAAUGACUUCCUUUUUUUCCAACCCCGUAGUUAAAAAAUUGAUUACAUUUAAAAAGACUAGCCCGACAGCUUCAGAAGCGGAGGAGAAGUGGACGGAAAAAGCUGUGAAGGGUCUGACGAAGAAGCUCAAAGGCAAAGGCUCCUCGAGCCUGGAAGACUUGGAAAAAGCUCUUGCGUCGCAAGAUAAGCACAGUCCAUGCGUCAUUAUCCCUCGCAAUUUGGAUGGGAGAUUGCAAGUUAGCCAGCGCAAAGGACUGCCUCAUGUUAUUUAUUGUCGAAUUUGGCGUUGGCCAGAUCUUACUAAUCACCAUCAACUGAGGUCUGCCGACACUUGUUCAAACGGCUUUAAUGCUAAGAAAGAUGUUAUUUGUGUUAAUCCAUAUCAUUACGAUCGCAUUAUAGCGCCAGCUGAUGUGCCGCCAGUACUGGUGCCAAGAAACCACGGAGAAACUCUUCCUCCUCACUCUGAUGUACCACUACCGGAUGACUUAUCGGCCAGUGGUGUUCCAGCUAAUGCCGAUCUUCCCAUGGAUUUAAACGAGCUUUUCUCUUUUUCCGAAGUGGGCUCUCCUACGUUUUCGGACGAUAAUGAAAUGUUGGACACGUCUGACGAAUUGACUGUGGACGUUGAGUCAUCAUUCUCAGACGAUAUUAACAGCGUGGCUUCUCCUGUGAGUAACGGGGAUACCAAUGGCCAUACCACUAUGACUCCCAACAUAGAUCUUGCGGACGUGGAACCGGUCAGUUAUGCUGAACCGGCGUUUUGGUGCUCUGUAAGUUAUUACGAGUUAAGCUCGCGAGUGGGAGAGACCUUUCAUGCAUCCCAACCUUCGUUGACCAUUGAUGGCUUUACUGACCCGUCGAAUUCGGAGCGGUUUUGUCUGGGUUUGUUGUCCAACAUCAAUCGGAAUCCCGUAGUGGAAAAUACUCGACGGCAUAUUGGCAAAGGAUUACGGCUGUAUUACAUUGGAGGAGAUGUGUAUGCGGAAUGUCUUAGCGCUAGCGCGGCAUUUGUGCAGAGUCCGAACUGCAAUCAGCGUUAUGGAUGGCAGCCAGCUACAGUAUGUAAAAUUCCUCCAGGGUGCAAUUUGAAAAUCUUCAACAAUCAGGAAUUCGCGGCUAUGCUAGCUCAAUCGGUCACUCAGGGCUUCGAAGCGGUGUACCAGCUGACAAAGAUGUGUACGAUCCGAAUGAGCUUCGUUAAAGGAUGGGGAACGGAUUACCGGCGUCAGACGGUCACAUCUACACCAUGUUGGAUUGAGAUCUACCUCAAUGGACCCCUGCAGUGGUUGGACAAAGUUCUUACACAGAUGGGAUCACCCAGAGUUCCUUGCUCCAGCAUUUCGUAACCAUGAUUAUUUCUUCCGUUUUUCGCGAUUUUGAAACAAGGCAUUUCGUACGCACUCAACAGUGGAAAGGCAUUUACUUGCGCAGCUUGCCUUAAUGUUGUAGGAGAUGCUUCUAUUGAAUGUUGUUUUCAUGACUGCGUUUUUCUUGUUUGGGCAUUGCUAUACCUCGCUUGUAGCUAAGUGUAUAUGAUUUGUGUUCUACAACACGAUGCACGUCUUCGCCGCGCAUAAGCAGGCGCAGAUAUCUUUAUUCUCUUGGUGCAGUGCCGGUUGUUUUGUGCUCGCUUUUAAGAUUUUCGCUUUUAAGAGUGAACUUGUGAAUUCUUAUCUUGUCAAUGUAGUUUUACCCCAAAUUUUGUUGUUUAUACGUAGCUGGUUUGUGUACGUUAUGACAUGGGUGUCGUUUUUUGGCAAACUUUGGUAAUGAUUGUUUUGUUGGUUGUUUCUGUUGUUUUGUUUAUUUUAACUGCAUAGAUGCUGAACACUUAGAUCUGAAAAUAAAAAAAGUU